GUGUAGGCCUAAUCUCAAUGGUGUCUUCCUCAGUUUCUCUGCACUUUAUUGAGGCAAGGUCUCUCACUGAACCAUGACCUUACUGAUUGAACCAGUUUUAACUGGCCAGCUUGCCCGAGGGAACCCCUGUCUCUGUUUCCCAAGAAGGAAGAUCACAGGUAGCUACCAUGCCUGGCCCCCUUUUUUGUGUGGACUCUAGGGAUCUAGACUGAUUCUCACCCUUGCCUGGCAAGGGCUGUACCCCUCGAAUCAUAUCCCCAGCUGUGUGUUUUCGUCAAGGGCUAUUAGCCAAGGCUUUGGAAGGAAGAACAUCAAGGUGUAGGGACCUCAGCCUUGACCCUUUCUGUUAUCUAGAGAAAGGUACUGCCAAAUGGGCUCUUUUGGAAGCUUGCUGGAGAUGCCUUAGACAGUGUGAGCUGGCUCUCUGCUCCACCUGCUGUGGUGGAGGUGAGGUGUAGACAAGGCUUUGGGCUGUAGGGAUUGAACAUCUUUUGGAGUAAAUGCAAUGUAUAAGAUGAAAUGCAAAAGGACAUUUGAAGAUUUGGUUGGCUCUGGAGAACUGCUUAGGAGAAUCUACGGCCUGAGCCUCGGAUUGUUCAUCUUUGAAGUGGGGUGACGCUGAGGCCCCUUGUAGCAGGGCUGCAGUAUGGACCUGUGGUCUUCCAGUUUGAGAAAGAGGAAGUCAAGCUUCAUAAGUUAGUGAAAAUGUACAGAAGCCAAAGACCCCUUCUUGGAUUUUUUGGUGUUUUUGUCUGGACAACAUGCCCAAGGGAUCCUUCUGUCCUAACUGAAUUGGGGUAUCCAGUGGGUGAUGGGUUGAUGGUCUGGUAGGUAUACAGAAGUCACAUGUAGGAUCAGGAAGAUCUGUGUCUGAGUAUGUUGGAGAAACUGUUAGCACUUGUCAGUAUGCUCCGAAUGGGAGUUGAGAUGUUUUAGUAGAAAACUGUUAACGGGAGAAGAUACUGCAGACAUUAGCUAUAUUAACCUUUUCUUUUCUGAGCUAGAGUCUCUAGCUCAGGAUGGCCCCAAUUCCAUUUGUAGCUAAGGAUAGCCUUGAAGCUAAGUAUGUCUUUUUAUUCCUCAUCUUCUUACCUCAGCCUUCUCAGUACUGGGAUAGUAGACAUGACCAUGUUGUUAAUUUUUUUUUUCUUUUUGAUUUUUUGAGACAGGGUUUCUCUCUGUAGCCUUGGCUGGCCUCCAGAGAUCCAUUUGUCUCUGCCUCAAUGCUGCGAUUAAAGGCAUGCGAUACCAUGACCAGCUCACCUUGUUAAUUUUUGAUGUUGACCAUCUUUCUGAAGUAGAAUCUCCAUGGCCUGAACAUUUCUUGACAAUCAUUUUGAGCAAAUUAUAUGUUUAAUAAGAAGAUAACCACAUCAAGAUGGUGGGAAAGCUGAAGCAGAACUUACUUUUUGCGGGUCUGGUGAUUGGUUCUGUGACAGUGUUUUACCUUGGCCAGCAUGCCAUGGAGUGUCAUCACCGAAUAGAGGAACGUAGCCAGCCAGCUAGAUUGGAGAACCCCAAAACAACUGUGGGAACUGGCCUGGACAUCAAAUCCAACAAAACACUCACCUAUCACAAAGAUAUGCCUUUAAUAUUUAUCGGAGGUGUGCCUCGGAGUGGAACCACGCUCAUGAGGGCUAUGCUGGAUGCACAUCCUGACAUCCGCUGUGGAGAGGAAACCAGGGUCAUCCCUCGAAUCCUUGCCCUGAAGCAGAUGUGGUCCCGGUCCAGUAAAGAGAAGAUCCGCCUGGAUGAGGCUGGUGUCACUGAUGAAGUGCUGGAUUCUGCCAUGCAAGCCUUCCUUCUGGAGGUCAUUGUUAAACAUGGGGAGCCAGCACCUUAUUUAUGUAACAAAGAUCCUUUUGCCCUGAAAUCCUUGACUUACCUUGCUAGGUUAUUUCCCAAUGCCAAAUUUCUCCUGAUGGUCCGAGAUGGCCGGGCAACAGUACAUUCAAUGAUUUCUCGAAGAGUUACCAUAGCUGGAUUUGACCUGAACAGCUACAGGGACUGUUUGACCAAGUGGAAUCAGGCCAUAGAAACCAUGUACAACCAGUGUAUGGAAGUUGGUUAUAAAAAGUGCAUGUUGGUUCACUAUGAACAGCUUGUCUUACACCCUGAGCGGUGGAUGAGAACGCUCUUAAAGUUCCUCCAUAUUCCGUGGAACCAUUCAGUUUUGCACCAUGAAGAAAUGAUCGGGAAAGCUGGGGGAGUGUCUCUGUCAAAAAUGGAAAGAUCAACAAACGAAGUCAUCAAGCCUGUCAAUGUGGGGGCUCUAUCAAAGUGGGUUGGGAAGAUACCCCCAGAUGUUUUACAAGACAUGGCAGUGAUUGCACCCAUGCUUGCCAAACUUGGAUAUGACCCAUAUGCCAAUCCCCCUAACUACGGAAAACCUGACCCCAAGAUCCUUGAAAACACCAGAAGGAUGGUAGAAGAGAGUGAAGAGCGGCUCACGGAGGAGCAGAUUGAAGCCCUUCUGCUUACUGUCACCAGCAUUCUGCCUGCGGGCCCAGAGGAUGAGCAGAGGAAAAGCACUAGCAAUGAUGUGGCCAUGGAAGAGGAAGACCCGGCAUAGAUGUGCACAGCUGGCCAGGAUGUUCGUGAAGUUCGAAACCCAACAGCCAUUUCCUGGAUGUUCAGAGGAUUGUGUGUUUGGUUUUACCCCCUCUCUCAAUAUGCCUGAUCUCAGGGUGGGUUGGGAAAAUCACAAAACUAAGAUAAAAAGAAUCUUUGUGCCUUGGGAUCAAGAAACAUGGGAUCAGAGAAGGGCAGAGAACUCAAGAUGAGGGAACGUGGCCCUCUGGGGUAGAAAGACUUCUGUGGCCUCUGCCACACUUGUACACAGUGGUGAACCAGCCAGUCAGGUGCUUUGUGUUGUAGGCAAUGUCAGGAGCUCCUGGGUGAGAGCAGAGCUGUGGGAAUGGGCUCAGAUGGUUGAGAGCGCCCAGAGCUGCACACAGCUGCUCCAGGGGAAUGACCCAGAGCUUAGCUCACUCUACAGGAAUGUCCUCAGCAGAAACAGGAGGUGAGAAAAGGAGAUUAAGAGCCCAGCCUGGUCUACAUAGUAAGGAACACGCAUGUGAACACAGCUAACAUGCAUGCAUGCCACAUACAUACAAAAAAAUUAGUCCAUUUUCUUGUUGCUAAAAACAACUCUAUAGCCUUGGUAAGUGACAAGAAAACGAGACUUAUUUUGGCUCAUGGUUCUGGACCAAGGUCAUAGGGCAUCCUGGGUUUGCACCUCUUAUUACUAGACUGCUGGGGUAGCAUAGGAUACCAGCUGAUGGAAAAUGAGAAGCACUUAUUUUCAGUCUCUUGUAGCCCAAAUUGUCCUUGAACUCAGUAUGUAACCCACUCUGUCAUUAGACUUUUGAUGAUUCUUCUGCCUCAGCCUCCUGAAUGCUUGGAUUAAAAAUGUGUGCCACUCACUUGA